UCGUGCGGCCCGACGCUCCCGCCCGCCCGCAGCAUGGCCCACAAGCAGAUCUACUACUCGGACAAGUACUUCGACGAGCACUACGAGUACCGGCAUGUCAUGUUACCCAGAGAACUUUCCAAACAAGUCCCGAAAACCCAUCUGAUGUCGGAAGAGGAGUGGAGGAGACUUGGCGUCCAACAGAGUCUAGGCUGGGUUCACUACAUGAUUCACGAGCCAGAACCACAUAUUCUUCUCUUUCGACGACCUCUUCCAAAAGAGCAACAAAAAUGAAGUCUACCUGGGGAUUGUCAAUUAAGUCUUUUUCAAAUUUAAUGUAUAUGUGUAUAUAAGGGUAGUAUUCAGUGAAUACUUGAAAAAUGUACAAAUUGUUGAUCCAUACCUGUGCAUGAGCUGUAUUCUUCACAGCAACAGAGCUCAGUUAAAUGCAUUGGCAAGUAGGUUACUAG